CAUCCCUGCGUUUCUCUCCGCGAGAAAUUGGCGCGAUAAGCAGAAGAGAAAUCGCAUCGUAAUUCUCGCCGCUUGGCGUUGAUUUAAUAGUGCCCCUUCUGCUACUCAAGCCUGCGUCCUCCAUUCCUUCUUGGGCAGAGCAAUCCUUAAGCUUCGUCUUCCACCAAGCAACACUCACAGAGAGAAAGAGAGAUAAGAGGUAGAGAGAGAAGCCUUCCUUCUCUUGCUAGUUGAUGAUGGAAGUCCUGCUCAACGAGACGAAAUCUUCAUCCAAGUUCAAGAGGAUUUGUGUCUUCUGCGGGAGUAGCACGGGGAAGAAACCAAGCUAUCAGCUUGCAGCCGCUCAGCUCGGUCAUGAAUUGGUGAAGAGAAAUAUAGACUUGGUGUACGGUGGUGGUAGUAUUGGCCUCAUGGGGUUAGUCUCCCAGGCAGUUUUUAACGGCGGGCCCCCUUUUAGCGGCGGCCGCCAUGUCUUAGGGGUGAUUCCCAAGACUCUCAUGCCCAGAGAGAUAACUGGUGAGACCAUAGGAGAGGUCAGAGCUGUAUCCGGCAUGCAUCAAAGGAAGGCAGAGAUGGCCCGGCAAGCAGAUGCCUUCAUCGCCUUGCCUGGUGGCUACGGAACUUUGGAAGAACUUCUUGAAGCCAUCACUUGGGCUCAGCUUGGGAUCCAUAACAAGCCGGUUGGUUUGCUGAACAUUGAUGGAUACUACAAUUGCUUGCUAUCAUUCAUCGAUAAGGCCGUGGAAGAGGGAUUCAUAGAUCCCGCUGCUCGUAAUAUUAUAAUCUCCGCACAAAGUGCCCAUGAGUUGCUGUCUAAGCUCGAGGAAUAUGAACCCCGAGAGCAGGGCAAUGCACUUACUGAGUUGGGAGAUGGAGCAGCUGAGUCAGCCGCCGAAAUUGGACAUCGCUCGCUGACUCGGUGCUGACUUGGGACUGCUGUACAGAGUCUUCGUUAGAUUAAAUAUUUUUGAAAAAAGUUUUAUAACUUCCAUUAAUGCUUUUUAAUUUAAACUUAAAAAAAAUAUAUUAUCUUUCUGCUAACGAAAUGUCGACGUGGCAGCUAGUUCUAGCUUACCUCCCUUUCUGAUUUUCUUUGCGUGGCGAAGCUGCACUGCGGGGAGCGUGGGAUCCACAAAGCUGUCCUCGUCGCCGACCUCUGGGAGCUUGACUUAUACUUACUAAGUGACCAAUAGGCUCCUCUGCAUAACAUGCAUGACUUGUGUGUGUAUGUGUAUAUAUAUUUCGCUUGAUAUAUAUAUGAAUUAAUUUGAUGUCUCUUUAAAUUCA